GCCAAAUCCCAUAUCAUUCGAAUCCCGCGCAGUUUCUGAUUUUCAAAUAACAAACUCAAAACUCCCCCUUCCAAAAGUUGCAGUCUCCACUCUCUUCAGACUCGACCGAGUCAACACUCGGACCAAUCUCAAUCCCAUCAACUCAAAGAAAUGCCUCUCCAAACUCUCCCUUCGGAUCCGCUAGAGUCCUAUUCGGGUCUCUCGCUCUUCCCUCGGACCUUCGCUUCCUUUCCAAACCCUCUUCCACCUCACGACUCGGCCGAUCUUCAACUCUCUCACGGUUUUCUCAAAUCCAUGCCGGUGCGAAGUCCUAAUAAGCUCCUAGAGCAAGCCAAAGCGAUUGUAGAUAAUAGUCCAGAGCUCUUGAAGUUGGAAGUGUCUAGCUCUGAUGCUGAACUUAUGGAACAUCCUCGUGAACGGAGACCGGCUUUAGGUCGUAAACGACCUCGUUUCUCUUUGAAAGAUAACUCAAGUCAGCCUGCUGUGAAUUUGGAACCGAGUUUAGACAUGGAUAAAUUGACAGAUCCCGAAGAAUUCUUUGUGGCAUUUGAAAGGGCUGAGAAUGCCAAAAGAGAGAUAGAGAAGCAGACAGGCACUGUUCUGAUGGAUUUGGAUCAGAAUAAUCCAUCCAUGUUUGCACGGCCUCGUCGUCCUGGAUUGAUGCGGAGAUCAGUUAAAUAUAAGCAUGGCUAUUCUACUGCUUUCUCCCCUGUGGAAAGCUUUGAGGAGGAAAUUCCCAGUCCAGUUUGCAAUUUGCAACCAGAAAAUUCUGACCCGAAUGUUGAAUUACAAGAGAAGGAAUUGAGUGUGGCCAACGUAGAGAACAAGGUUAGUGAACUUUUGGACCAUUUACUUACCAGUACAUGCGAUGGGGAUGACACAGUUAAUCUUCUUCAAGAGCGGUUGCAGAUCAAACCUCUUGAUCUAGAGAAUAUAUGCCUUCCUGACUUGCAAGAUAUUCGAAAGAUUGAUUUGAAGGUUUCCAGAGAAAGCUUGGCAAAGCCUAGAAACUCGCUAUCGGACAUAGAAAGUUUGAUGAAAGGGUUCAGCAGAAGGACACGGAAACAAAAUCCUGAAACUUCAGAUAAUCACUUAGCUUCUCCCAUUCCACCAAGAAGUCCAUUGGCUUCUAUUUCAUUGCUGAAGAAACAGCUAUUGCAGUCUGAUGUUCUAACUGAUCCAUUUUCAACUGAUGAUGCUAAUCGAUCACAAGUGAGAAAUGCAUCUGGCAUUGAAAGUAACAGUAAACAAUCUGAUCAGGUUAUUAUAGAGAAGGAACCUAGCGUGUCUGACAAUAAUGAUAGACAAACACCACAACAGCAGCCAGAAAGUUCAAUUCUUAAUUUAGCUUCUCCUACACCUCCAAGAAAUCCAUUCGCUUCAGUAUCAUUGCAGCAAAAACAGUUGUUGCAGUCAGAUCCAGAAUGCAAUGCUUUAUCAACUGAUAAUAUUGAUCAAUCACCUGUGGGAAUUGCAUCUCUUAUUGAAAGUGUCAAUAAACAAUCUAUUCAGGCUGGUGAAAUGGAUCUUGACAAGUCUCAUCUCCUAAGGUCUCCAUUAUUAGAAGCAAAUCGAAUUGCGACUACUUAUGCAAGCUCUGAGCUCAAUGGGGGAGACUUUGCUGGUUUCUUUGACAAAUUUGAAUGCAUCUAGUGGAUCUCAGACCAACUUAGAGAAUAACAGUUUAAGAAGGCCUGAAACUGAAUCAGAUAGUCAUACAAUCCAACCAAAUGAAUUUGGAAUGGGGGAAGAUAUACCACUGGAAGCAGUUGUUUCUUCUCAGAUC